GGAAAAAUCAUGAUUUUUUUUGAACUUUUCAUCCGUCUCUUUCUUCCAAAAUUUCUCUCCAAUUUUCCAGUUAACCAAACAAACUUUAUCUCAUUCCCAUUUUGCCCCUCAAAUUCCAGACUUCCAAAUUUCGGAAUGAAACCCUUCAACAACACAAAUUCACAAUUAAACCCCCAAAUAUGACUAUUCAAGCAGUAGAAGAAGAACAGCCUCAAAAUAAAGUUCACAGAGUUCAAGCAGAGCGUGACCUAGAAGCUAAUUGGGAAGUUGAUCUUGCUAAAAAGCUUGAGGAUUACCUUUUAAAGAUUUGCUCCGGUGAAAUUACCUCCGAAAAUGAUAACGUCUCCGUCAAUUUUGCUGAAGCUGCUUUGCUAUUACAAGGUUCGGUUCAAGUUUACAGCAGGAAGGUCGAGUAUUUAUACAACUUGGUUUUACAUGCUUUGGACUUCCUUUCUCAAAAGAGACAAGAAGAGCAAUCGGAGAGUCCAUCAGUCCGGCCUGAGCAAAAUGGUAGCCGUGCAGCUUACUGUGAAGAAAAUGAUCAGUUUUGGGUCUCUGAUGAUGUCCCAGAGGAAGCAAGGAACAGCUUAGAUGUUUCGACUAGCAAAAAUGAUUCCUUCUAUCGCUUUGUGAAACCUCCGGCAAAUCUUGUUGUUCUAGAAGGUGAUUGCUUAGAUACUACUGGUGAUGCCGGGGAACUAGAAUCAUACCUGUUAGCCACCAAUGAUCUCUACAGGGAUUUUAUUCUUUUAGACCCAUGUGAUGCUGUAACAGUGAAUGGUUUUCUGGAAAAGGAUGAAAAUGGAAAAGGAAAAGCUAGUAAUUACCGGGGAAGCUCAGCCCGCAAAAGCUUUCUAUCCCCCUCAAGACGUUCUGGAGGAACUGCACGGAAGUCAACUGGAAAGAACCAGGAUGCAAAUCUCAACCAACCAGCUAUUGAUGAUUGUAAUUUCGGAGAUAAUAACUGUGAAGUGAUGAAUGAUUCUCCCGCCUGUGCUGGAUUUGACAUGGGUGAUGAUCAUUCUGAACCCUUGGACUCAGGAUGUUCAGAUGAUAAUGAAGAUGAUCCAUGGAAGCCUCUGAAUCCCCAUGAGCCUGGGAACUUAAAAGUGAAACCUUUCAAAAAAGUAAAAUCCUACAAAACACAAAAGGUAAAUUCGAUGAAACAGACCUCUAUAAAUACUAUGUUUCCACUUGCAAGGAUUCACGGUCCUAUCAGUCCUGAGCUCACAGAAAUAUGGGAAGCACGAUGUAACAAAUCUGAAAGAAAAGGAAACUUGGACUCCUUUCCUUUAUAUGAAAAGCUAAGGCAAUCCCUUUGCAAUGGAGGCUGUAACAACACUUUUGGUGAUGUUGAGGAUGACAAUGAAGGUAAUGGAUAUGACAGCGGGGGACUAGAUUUUUGUCAGCCUGAUGAUGAAAUGCCAGAAACAAUGUUUAUGGAUGAAGAGUUACCUCCACACCAUGGAAAGCAUGACCAUAGCUCAACUCUUGACCCCAAUGAAGCUUUUGAACAUGAAGAUCCAAGUUCCCAAGCAAGCCUAGAAGAUCUUUGUCGAUCUCACCUAGAUGCUCUUCUUGCUAACAUUGCUGAAACAGAGAACCAGACUGAAUUGGCUACUCGGGUUUCAUCAUGGAAACAGAAAAUUGAGCAAAAUUUGGAAGAGCAAGAUUCACGGCCUUCAUUUGAUAUUCAUGCCUAUGGUGAUAGAAUUCUUGAAAAAUUAUCACUGGAUGCAGAGAAUGAUAAUGUAAUGUCCUUUGCUGAUGUUGUGAAGGGUCAAGAGAAGCAUGAUAUUGCUCGAACAUUCUCUGCACUUCUUCAGCUGGUGAAUAAUGGGGAUGUUAAUUUGGAGAGGAGCGGAGUAGGUGGCGAAUCUGUCUGUUAUACAGCAGUGAAUCCUUUUCGUAUUAAGCUUCUUAAGCGUAACAAGAGAUGGAACGGCGUACAAAUUCAAUUGUCGAGAAAGAGAGUAAAAUCGCCAUUGAGGAGAGGAUGUAAUAAAGGCGCCGGAGAUAAUAAGCUUGGCAAAGAUGCAUCUCCAUCUGUUAAUUCACCGCAAUCGAGCUGUAAAUUUCCUGUAAAGAUUAGUAACGUUGGCGGAACAAGAUGCACUCCUGAAGGCAAGAAGAGGCGGAGUGCUCGAUUUGGUGAACCAGUAGACAUUCAUUCAUCAAGGUAACACAAACUCUCAUUUUCCUGCUCCGGCAGUUCAACUUUUGUGCUGAACCGCUCGGAGGGAAUUUAUUAUGUGAUUACAUUUUUUUCUUUUAUUUUUUUCUAUUUCUAGAUAUUAACAAUAUUAGAUACUUUUGUAGUAUUUAUGUUUAGAUGAGAAGGCCUUGUAGUAGCAUGAAGUAAUUUCAAGUGUAGCUAGAAUGAUCUGAUUGUCACUAAAUUGUAAUAUUAGUCCACUUGCUGCCAAUUUUUGCAGUGGUUCCUAAUUAGAGACGAUUACAAAUUGAGUGAAUUGUAUUGACUAGGCGAAGAAAAUUGCAGCAUUUUUUAGAUUUCAGAAUA